UUUUCAAUUUUAGAAACAGGGGAAACUAUGAAAUCAGAUAUAUGAGAAUAUGAGAUACCCACCUUGAUUAUAUAGUUCCAUAUCAUCAUCAAUCACCUCAAAAACACAAAUUUCAAUCUGGGUUUUACUCUUUUCUUUGAAAAAAGUUUGAUUUUCUUCCUCUAUUUUAAUCUCCAUAAACAAAACAGCUUCAUGAGAAAGCUUAAUUUGGCCCUGUUUUGAAAAAUACUUUCUCAAGUCCAAUUCCAUUUCGAGUUAUAAAAUGGGCUAAUAUGGGUUUAUGCUUUGUUUGAGAUCAAGAAAAUUUUUUGUUCAUGAGGGUUCUGUUUUGCAAGAUCCAUUGUCCUCCUUUCGUUUGCUUUUGCAAGCCCUCUUCUAGCAUAUAUACUGCAGGACCAUUGAAAUUGGAAAACAGUCCUCAGGUGCCUUCAACUGCAGUUAUAUCAGUUGCUAAUGCCUCCUCUAAAUUCAAUGAUCAUCAUGUGUAUAGUGACUCCAUUGGAGUUAAAGAAGAGAGUUCGGAAGUCGAUGUAGAUGUGGAUGGGAAGCAAUCAAAGGCUCAGAAUUGCCUCAAAAGUAGUCUUAUAAAGUCUGAUUUGGAUUCAAAAGAGGUUGAGAAGAAGAGAGUCCAGUGGAUGGAUUUCUUAGGAAAAGAACUUGUUGAGAUCAGGGAAUUUGAAUCCAGUGAAACGGAAGAUUCUGAUAGUGAAGAUGAGAGCAAUAGAGGCUGUUCAUGUAUGAUUCUUUGACAGUGAAAAUUAGAAUCCCUGCUGCAAGUUCCUGUAGCGAAUGCUGCAACCAGAAGAGGAAGCCAAAGGAAAGUUUUUAUCUCCAUCUACUCAAUUCAUCCAAAUCAAUGUAGCUGAUAAUUUAUUUUCCUUGUAAGAUCUCAAGCUACCAUUUGUUAAUUUUAUUAAGAUAAUGUUAAUUCUGUUCACUUAUUUGACUAA